AUGGAUCCCGAACAAGUGUCUAAACUUCUCGAGUUAGAAGACAAACUCGCCAAGAUUAGAGCUCAAUCCAGCUCGAAAUUGGAGAAUCAGAAGCACAUUGCAAUUAUAUUGGCAGCAGUUGAGGAAAACAUCAAUGAACAAGAUGCAACUAACAAGAACAUUGUCAACUACUUGAUUUCUUUCAUGUCUUUGCUAGAUCAAACGAUCGAUCCAGAAACGACAGCAAUCAAAGACUUGCAGUUGGCAACAUCAACCAUGUACCUACUGGAUAUUAUCUUCCAAUAUACUCCAAAGAAGAUGCUUAGAAGCAGAUUUGCUGAUAUUCUAACCAAAGUCGCACCAUGCAUAACCGACGAGAAGGCCAACGCUCCAUUAAUAAGAUCAGCAGUUGGUUGUUUGGAGUCUCUUUUGAUUGCUCAAGAUACACAAUCUUGGAAUAAUACCCAAAAUUUGAAGGUGACACCAAAGAGAGGUUUGGACGGUUUGCUAGAACUAUCUUUGGACCCAAGACCUAAAGUUAGAAAGAGAGCACAGGAUGCUAUUGCCAACAUCUUGAAGAAUCCUCCUCCAGGUCCUACUGCCGAACACGUUGCGGCACCAUCCAUAUCCGAAUUUGCAAUCAAUGCUUUGGUCUCUAUUUUGGAAGAAGCUGCUACUAUCUCUAAUAAAAAGCUAAGAGCCAUGGGGGGAUCCAAUGAACUAAAUUCAAGAAUCAUCCACGUUUUGAAGCUUCUCAGUAACAUCAUUGCUACAAACCAAUGGCCAACGGUACACGUUGAAAGAUUGUGUGAUUUACUCUUGGAAGUCUGUAAGACCUCGGACCAAUUCUUGGUUUCUAACUCAUUUAAGUGUUUCGAAACGCUAUUCCAAUCUAUGGCAGAAUCAUCAGUAUCGUCUGGUUUGGCUGAAAACAAGUUCAUGAGAGCCUUGGAAGUUAUCUUUUCCUUAAAACCAUCCCAAAACGACACCCAUUUAGCUGGCGCUUGGAUCGCUGUUGUCGCUAAAGGUAUUACUACAUAUGCCAUCCACGAUCCUUUGAAAUGUUUCGUCAAACUACCGGAAAUCUUUAGAACAUUAUCAUAUUAUCUCUCCAGCGAGUUGCCAGAUGUUUACUCUAGCGCUGCGCAAUGUUUAAUCGCCAUUAUCACCGAUGCUGUCAAAUCCGAAAUCCUACUUUUCCCACCUGCAGUUUCCGCUGAGCAGUAUGAAACUGUUGACGACGUCAUUCAAGAAUUAUCUGAAAUUUUCGUGGACUUGUUGUCCAUCAAGUAUACUCAUUGUGCCAAGUCAGUACUAAGCAUUCUUGCAGCUGCGUUCAAAAAAUUGAGAUACAGAGCUAAUCCAGAUUUCCUCAAACCUUUAGAAAUUGUUGGUGGUUGGAGAACUGAUGAGCGCAACUUUUUGGAUUUAAGGAAUGAAACAGAAUACGUCAUUGGUGCAGCCGUUGAAAGUAUGGGUGUGGAAACCGUUUUAGGAUGCCUACCCCUAAACUUGAUUAAUCACUCGCCAUCUAAACCAGGAAGAGCGUGGUUACUACCAAUUCUAAGGGAUUCUAUUAAAAACUCCACCUUGCAUACUUUCUUCACAGAGUUUUUACCACUUAUCAAGCAUUUCGAAUCUAAGUAUGAAAAACUAGGCAAAGAAUCAGUCCAACUAAAGGUUUUCCAAACAGUUGUUGAUCAAAUCUGGUCCUUGCUACCACCUUUCUGUGACAUACCAACUGAUUUAUCCACUGCUUUCUCUGAUGAAGUGGCUGCAGAACUAUCAGGGUUGAUGUAUUCUAAUAUUGAACUAAGAACCACUAUUUGUAAUGCACUUAAGACUCUUGUUGAGAGCAACUUAGCAUACCAGAAUGAUCCAACUUCUGAUCCUCUUCUAAUACAACAUUUCCCAGCUGAAAAAGCAACUGAGAGCUUGGAAUAUCUAUCCACCAAAUCGUCAAACUUGUUAGCUGUUUUGUUCAACCUUUACACACAAACUGCUCCAAAUGCUAGAGGUUACAUCCUUGAAACUAUAGAUGCUUACCUAAAAAUCACGAAAGAGGAAGAUUUAACUAACACAUUCAACAAUGUCUGUGGUCUUUUGAGUAACGCAUUCAAAGAAGAAGCAAAUAAAAAUAAGAAUGAAAUGUCUGCUACUUUACUUGAUCUAGUCAUUUCCAUGGUUAAAUAUGUUCCAUCUUCUUCAUAUGGUUCAUUAUUCUCCAUCUUCAAUACUAUUGUAAACUCAGAAGAUUCGUUGAUUCAAAAGAGAGCUUACCGUAUUAUCCACAAGCUCUCAGAAAUUGAAGAAGGUUCUGAUGCUAUCUCUAACUAUAUUGGGGAUAUUGAACAAAUCAUGUUGAAGAGUGCUUCCAGCGUGCAGACUUCAUCCAAAUCCGCAAGAUUGCAGGCUAUCAGAACUAUUGUUCAAUUAUUGCCAGUAGAUCAACUAAGCUUUAUCGUCCAAGUGGUUGCAGAAGUCAUUUUAUCUACUAAAGAUGUAAACGAAAAGUCUCGUGAAACGGCUUUCGGAAUCCUAAUUGAUAUGGCAAAGAAGAUGGAUAACCCCAACGGUAUAGUUAAACUCUCUCAAAUCCCUGGCUAUGACCCCAGCACACCUGAUCAACCAUCAUCUGUUGCUGAAUUUUUCAAGAUCAUGUCAGCCGGUUUGAUUGGUGAAUCUCAACAUAUGGUUAGUGCCACCAUAACUGCUUACUCUUGUUUGGUGUUUGAGUUUAAAGAUAGAGUUGAUACAGGUGUUCUCUUAGAAAUAUACGAUACCAUCGAAUUAUACCUCACAUCAAACUCUCGUGAAAUUGUCAAAAGUUCCAUUGGCUUUGCUAAGGUAUGCUGUUUGGGGCUAAGAGAUGAUAUUAUGAAACCUAAAGUUAAGGAAUUACUUCCUAAGCUUUUGCGUUGGUCUCAUGAGCACACUGGUCACUUCAAGGCUAAGGUGAAGCAUAUCAUUGAAAGAUUAAUAAGAAGAUUUGGAUAUGAAUAUAUUGAGGCUAACUUCCCUGAGGAAGAUAUGAGAUUGCUAGCCAACAUCAGAAAAUCCCGUAAUAGAAGUAUGCGUAAACAAACAGAAGGUGAAGAAGAGGGACCAGCUCAAGCUGCACCUUCUACGAAAUCUUCUAGAUUUAUGUCUGCAUUGGAUGAAGCAUUGUAUUCUUCUGAAGAGGAAAGUGAUGAUGAAGAGGAGGGAACCGGUUCUAAAAAUGAUAGAAGAAAGAAGGGUUCCAAGCAAUUCAUUGUUGAAUCGAAGGAAAAUCCAUUGGAUUUGUUGGAUUCCCAAACAUUGGCUCAUAUCUCCUCUACUAGACCUAAGACACUGAAUACUGGUAAGAGAAGGAUUGUUGAUGAUGAAGUCUUCAGCUUUGAUGCAGAAGGUAAGUUGGUUGUCAAGGAUGAUAAGAGAAAGAACAAUGCAGAAGAUCCAUUGGAAGAAAUCACUAGUGGUGUUAAUGCAUACCUAGAUGCUGUUAAGCAAGGUCCAGUUAAAGGUCAAAAGAACAGACUUAAGUUCAAGAAAGGUGCUAGAGCAGGAAACUAUGACGACUUCGGUGAUGACGAUGAUGAAGUUGCUCUACCUAAGCCCAAAUCUACUGACAAGGGCAGAAUUGGCAAGAAACAGAAUGGUAGAUUCAAGAACAAGAGAAAACUUUAA